ACAAAAUGAAUUUUUUCCACCAUCAAUCGUGUGCGGAUUUUUACCAAGUGCUGAUCGACAGAAAUAUCCACCGUUUUACCAAUAUGAUCGUGCCUGAAUGUAUUGAUCGAGAAUUCUUUGUGAAUGUGCUGAAGAGUGGGCUUAAAAAGCAAGAUUUUGAUUUAAUUAAAUAUGACAUUGAAUUGGGAUGUGCUCCCGGCGAUAACUACUGCAGUACCAUCUAUCGCGUAGUGAUCUCCUACCGUGAGGAUCGCGAGAAGAAAGUUCAGUGUAUUGUGAAGUUUAUCUUAAAUGAUGGUGCUGGGAAAGCCAUGAUGGAAAGAACGCAUGUUUAUGAGAAGGAAGUUGGAAUGCUCUCGAAGAAUUUGCCUAAAUUAACAAAAUUAGCUGGUGGAACACAAUUUGGUCCCAUGUUCUACCACACGAUCAACGAUGAAAAUGGAAAGAUCAUUGUAAUGGAAGAUUUAGGGGAGACUGGCUAUAAAAUGGCCAAUCGACAACUUCUUCUGGAUUACGAUCAAUGUGCAUUAGUUCUUAAGAAACUCGGGGAGUUGCACGGAACAUCCCUUGUUCUUGGUGAAGAAGAUCCUUCGUGUGUGGAUAUGUAUGAUCAGGCACUCCUUGAAGGAUCAGUAGAUGAUCCUGGUAUUGUUCAAAUGUGCCUUGGAAGUCAUUUCAAUAUUCUCUGUGAUAUCGUCAAAACAUGGCCUGGAUAUGAAGAGAUCUCCAAGAAAUUAGAUGCAAUGAAUCCCAAAAUUUGGGAACUUCUCUAUGCGAGCACAAAAAGGGAUAAAGAUCAAUUUCGUGUACUUAAUCACGGAGAUUUCUGGAUCAAUAAUUUCCUCUUUAAGAACGACGAAAGCACCGGAAAACCCAUUGAUUGUAUUUUUGUUGACCUCCAAUUCUCAUAUUAUACCUCACCGGCACACGAUCUUCAGUAUUUCUUCAAUACAAGCCCAACCGCAGAGAUUAGAGAAAAUCAGCGGGAGGAACUUCUACGCGUCUAUUAUGGAGCUUUCAAGAAGACACUUGAGAGUCUAAAGUACCCAAAAAUCCCAACUUUUGAUGAUCUUCUUGUGGAAAUGAAAAAACGCGAAAUGUACGGGUUCUUUGCAUUGGUCUACAUUCAACCAGCUGUCCUAAUGGAACGACAAUCUGAACAAGGAAGUGGAAUUGAAGGGCUUGUCAAUGAGGAAGCUGCUAAAGAAAUUAUUAAAAUUAUGUUCUCAGGCAAACGCUUUACCGAAGUAUUGAAAUCAAGCAUAAAGCGUUUUGAUAAAGUGGGAUUGUUUGAUAUUUAAUUUCACAAAAAAGUUAUAAUUUUCUUUUUUUUUGUAUUAAGGGAUGUUAAAUCUUUUAUUUUAUUAAUUUCUUAAACAUUCAAUGAAUAACUGAAGAAGAAGAUUUGAUAAUUUUAUAAUCAGUGACCCCAAAAAUACUCCUGAUAUUGUUUUAUGUAUGUUUUGUGUAUGCUAUUAGCAUGAUAGAAUAAAGUUAAAAAAUAUUAA